GGAGCUGAGGGCCACCUGUCUGGUCCAGAGAUAAUGAAAGGUUUGGUGGGAAAGUCCGUCACUGUGGAGUGUCCAUAUGAUAAGAGGUACGAGCAGGCAGAGAAGUUCUGGUGUAAGACGUUAACAUCUACAUGCUACCCUCUGGUCAGCACUGACAACUCUCAGAAACAUAUGAGGAUGUCAAUCAAAGAUGACAGAUCAGGAAGAAAGAUCACUGUGACAAUGCGCUCCCUCAUGAAGGAUGAUACAGGCUGGUAUCAUUGUGGGAUAAAAGCAAUCAACUUUGAUGAGACUCACCCUGUAUAUCUCACUGUGACAGGUGCUGUGGAGAGCUUGGUAGGACCCAAGCGGGUAACUGGAAAGAUUGGGAGCUCUGUGAGCAUUGUGUGUCUUUACAGUGAAGAUUACAGAGAUCACAAAAAGUACUGGUGCAAAGAAGACAUAUUUAGGUGCAGUGAACUGGUCACAACAAACUAUAACUCAGAAAAAGAGAGAAAAUCUAUAAGUGACAAUAAAUCAUCUAAAGAGUUUACUGUGAUAAUGAAGGAACUAAAGAAAGAGGAUGAGGGGCUGUACCAAUGUGGAAUUGAACAUACUUUACUGACUGAUGGAUCAUUCCGUGAUGAAACUACUUCAGUAUAUGUCCACGUCAAAGAUUGUCCAGAGUCCUGGGUCCUCUCCUCUUCAGCCACCCCGCAGGUUUUCAAUGGGGUUGAG